AUGGCGACGACGACCAUGUGGAUGAUGACGACAAAUACUGCAUACUGUGUCAGUGUUGCCAAAUAUGACAUUUGUAUAAUCCUUUUUUAUAAAAGAGAAAUUCACAAUCUAUUUGCCCGCUACUAUUUUUUGUUGCUGUUUUACAAGCAAUACUCUCCGUAUACAACAUUAAUAACGAAAUUAUAUAAUUUCCAUUUCAGACGUCACAUUUGCGUGCAACAACGCACCAUAACAAUGCCCGUCAAGACAACAGAGGUCUACAGCCGACCAAUUUGGAAACAUGUGAGUACGCCAUGUCAACCGCAAACACAUGCAAAUCAAAUGUGUACACGCGUCCAGUUGGUGCAUGAACAGGCCUAUCGCGAUGUCAUACGUCACAAAUCAGCUCAACAGGUCAUUUACGAUUGCUGUACUGGUUGGAUGCGUGAAUCACCGCAUGCGGAUGGCUGUAUGAAACCCGUCUGUACUGCUCACUGUCAAAAUGGAGGCACAUGUACGGGUCAUGAUUCUUGCAGUUGUCCGGCUGGUUUUACAGGACGUUAUUGUGAAAUUGACAUCGAUGAAUGUAAAGAGGAGAAACCCUGCGAUCAGGCGUGUAUCAACACAGUGGGCUCAUAUUAUUGCCAAUGUCGGGAUGGCUUCACCUUGCUGGCCGAUCAGCAGAGUUGUAAGAAAAAUGAUGUACACAAGGAUGAUGCAUUUGAAGCCAGAGACUUGGAGAAUGAAAUUGAGCCACAGGAAGAUAUAACAGCCAGAUUGCAGAAAAUCGAAAAACAAUUGGCCAAUGAAAAAGUGCAAUCGAAUGAAUUGCAAAAAACCUUACAGUCCACAUAUUCAAUGGUCGAUUCUCUCAAGAAUCGUUUAAUCAAUUUGGAAAAACAACAAAUGGACUUUCAUCGUUUACAAACGAAUCUCUACAACACUGAAUCGCGCACAAUGAAAUUGGAGGGAAUGGUGAAUCUUUUAAUGAAAUGUCGAAAUAAUGUCGGACCCAAUGCCCAAUGUCCCUAAAUGUAUACUGCUACUGUAACCGUAUCCCAUAUCAAAUUGGAAAUCGUAGUUUUUAUUUAAAAAUUUCCACACACACACACCUAAAACAGAACUGCAUUUUAUUUAUUAGGAUUUUGAAUUAAGCUUAACUCUAGAUUUUAUGCUUCUUUUUGAAGAAAUCUCAACAUCCAUUAUUGACUACUCCCUUUCAAUUGUAUUGCCAUCUAUUUUUUUCUUUAAUUUUUAAUUUCAAAUUAGCUUUUAGAAAUGCUCAAUAUUUGUGUAUUGUAUUUAGGACAUUGCCUUCUUCUGUGGGUUGAAUUUAUUUGUCAUUCUUUUAUUAUAGCAUUCCCAUUAACCCUAACCUAAAAAAAAAAACACUCUCACACAAAUGCAUGAAAUGUAACAAGUCUUGAAAAAUUUACGAUGUAUUUGUUUUGAAUUGAAAUUUUGCGUUUUUUUGUAUGCAUGCUGUUAGAGUUUAAGAGAAGUAGAAGAGAUAUAGGAAAUUUGAAACGAAUUUCAAUUGUAAAAAAAACAAUAUCGGCCUCUUUUUUAUUAUUCCAUGUUCGUGGCGUCAUCGUUGUCGUCGAAGAAAAGCUUUUAUAUGCCUAAUUUUAAGGAUAUGAUAUAUUUGUAACGUAUUUAAAUGUAAAUAUUUAAAUAAAGUUAAUAUUAAUUGUUUAGAUUAAAUAAA